AUGGCCCUCAAUGGACACAACGAACGCAGAUCCAGACUAGCGAGAGGAGAAAUGGAGUCAAAUGGGAAUCGAACUGCUGGAAAUGAUCCAAACCUCAGACGAUACUUUUACCGAAGUCUUGCACCACCGGCGACGAACAUGUUCCGCAUGGUAUACAAUUGUGAUGCUGAAUCGUACGCCCAACAGCACGCCAGCAGUUGCAGAAUGCUUCAGCUGCCACCGAGUGGACGUCCAGGAUACAAGACGAAUAUGUACUUUUACAGAAAUACUCAAGCAACACCGACAGCAGCACUACUUACCCUAGAAGGCAUGGCAAAAAGCUAUCAAUAUCUGAUGAGAGCGAAGAAAGUGAUAAACGUUGCUAAAGAUGAGUAG